GUACAUAGAUUAGUGUUAGGCUCGUUUUGAUGAAAAUUAAGUUGUAGCUCAUCGUGUACUUUACUACGGUAGGAAAGAGGCGUCGCUUGUGUUUUAAAAAAGUUUCUAUAUGUGUUAUUGAUGCAAAUCUGUGAAUAUGUCCCCAACUUACUUCACUGCAGUCUGGUGGUGGUCCUGUUCGAGGUCAGGAAGGAAAUUCAGUUUCCUUUUCAGAUCGUAUUUGCUUCUAGUGAGCGCUAAUCAUCGCACUUCUCGUCUCCGGGUACAAGACAUCCCAAAUAAAGACUUCUCAGUCCAGCCACGGUGAAUUAAACUCACAGCAGCAGUGUUUUUUCUCCCCUCUGAUGCAGAGAUGCCUCCCAAGACCGUUAAACGCGCUCUAAACAACGUGCUGGAGGACUUGAGCGACAUACAGUUACAGAAGUUCCAGUCUGUGAUCAUGGACCGCAGGGAAGAGCCACGGGUCAGACGCAGAGAUCUGGAAGGCAAAAAUUAUAUAGAAACCUCAGAUGUGCUGGUCACAACCUUCACCGAGUCCGGAGUCGUUGAUGUGGUUCUGGAUGCGUUGGAGGAGAUUAACUGUAACGCGCAAAGAGAGAGCUUCGCCAAAGAUACAAGUGAAGCAUCACAGACAUUUGUUUCAAGUUAUGGAAACAUCAUGAAAGUGGAAACUACUGGUGCCUCAAAGGAAACAGCUAAGCAGGACAAUCUAAAUUACUCAGGUGUGAGGGCGUCAUCUGCCAUGGCAGAGACUGAUCUGGAGAAAAUGAAGGACUACAAAUCCAUCAUCAAAAAUGUGGCUCGUCAGAAAGGAGUCGAUCCAGCUCUGAUUGCGGCCAUCAUCUCCAGAUCAUGCAGGGCUGGAAAGACCCUGAAGACAGGAGGCCGGGGGCGCUAUGAUGAAAAUUGCUAUGGGCUGAUGCAGAUUUAUGUCAAUCCAAAUGGAGAUGGAGACACCACAAAAGUUGAAUUUGACAGUAAGGACCACCUCCUAGAAGGCACCAACAUCCUGAUUUCUUUCAUAUUGCGCAUAAAGAAUGCAUUUCCUGACUGGAGCAAGGAACAGCAGCUGAAAGGAGGGAUAGCAGCCUACAAUGCAGGUGAUGGGAACAUCCACUGCUAUGAAGAGGUGGACGCCAAAACCUCAUGUGGAGACUACUCCAAUGAUGUUAUUGCCAGAGCUCAGUGGUACAAAAAGAAUGGAGGCUUUUAAAACCUGAAGCUGCAUAAUCUCCUAAAAAUUAUAGAUCAAACAAUGUCUGUACAAGCCUACACUGUAUUUCUACCGUAAUCUAAUGUCUGUAAUGAGUGCUUCUUUUAAUCCUUUCAGAUACACGGUCCAUUCCAAUAGACUUACUUCUAGGAUGUCUAGACGUAUGAUUACUGUCCCCUGACUCCCCACAAAUGCACAAACUUAUGUCUAUAAGUCAGUCACAUCAUCUGAAGUGGACUGCAGCAGAGCCACAAUUCUUUUCAGCAAACAUUGCCGACGAGGCAAGGAGGAAGCAUAAGCCAUCAUUUCUGUUUAAACUGUGUUAAGAUGUUAUAUAACUUAUACAUGAUCUGAAUGUCACCUAAAGAGAAGAAUGGAAAUCAAUAGAGAAAUACUGUUUUGUGUGACUGUUCUGAUUUGAUUUCCUAAUGAUACAAUCAGAUUAUAAUGCAUCCUAUUGAUUAUGUACACAGAAUAUUCAACUCAGAAGAACACACCACUCUGGACUGAGCCUUUGUUUUUAUCAAUCAUUUCGUUGAAGUAAUAAAAAAUGUAU